CGGUGAGAUCGAUAAUGGUGGUGGGUACAAAUCUAGCAUCUCGGUUCUUCCUCUUCACAGCGUUAUUAUUUGCCGCACCGAUAUCGUUCGCGGAUUCCGAACACGAUUCAGAUCUCAUCGCCGAGCUUAUUUCGCUCCGAUCAGCCGCCGAUUCAGGCGUAAUCCGCCUCGAUGACGACGGCGUUUCUAGAUUCUUAACCUCCGUGUCCACUCCCAGGCCUUACUCCCUCAUCAUCUUCUUCGACGCCGUUGAUCUCCACAGCAAGAGCGAGUUCCGCCUUGUAGAGCUCCGCCGCGAAUUCGAAAUCGUCUCUGCCUCUUUCAUCGCCAAUAACAAUGGAUCUGACGUCACCAAGCUUUUCUUCUGUGAGAUCGAUUCGACCCACUCCGCGGCUUCGUUCCACCGCUUCGCCGUCGAAUCCUUACCGCACAUUUGCCUCGUCGACCCUUGGAUGGACAAUCUACAGGACGAAUCCGGUCAGAUGGAACGCGGAGAUUUCGAAGGAUUGGCGGAAUCCAUGGCAGAGUUCGUCGAGCGUCGAACCAAGCUCACCGUUGGCCCAAUCCAUCGACCACCGCUCCUGUCGAAGACACAGAUCGCAAUCAUCACAGCUUUGAUCGUAAUUUCAAUUCCGAUCCUUAUCAAGAAGGUUCUAAAGGGAGAAACGCUUCUCCAUGACCAUAGGGUCUGGUUAUCCGGCGCCGUUUUUGUCUACUUCUUCAGCGUCGCCGGCACGAUGCACAACAUCAUCAGAAAAGUGCCGAUGUUCCUCCGAGAUCAUGAAGAUCCAAGCAAUAUCGUUUUCUUCUACGGAGAUUCAGAAUUUCAGCUUGGGACGGAGGGGUUCGCUGUUGGGUUCUUGUACACUGUCGUUGGAUUGAUCUUGGCGUAUGUCACCAAUGCGCUUGUACGAGUUAAGAAUCUCAAUGAGCAAAGGUUGAUUAUGGUUUUGGCUCUGUUCUUAUCGUUCUGGGCUGUGAAGCAGGUUGUUUACUUGGAUAAUUGGAAGACUGGAUAUGAAAUUCAUCCAUAUUGGCCAUCAAGCUGGCAUUGAUGGAUCCUUGACGUUAAGAGACAAAUAAAGGAAUUGAAGAGGAAGUGGCAAGGGCGUUUGUGAAUCACUACUACCAUCUCUUUGACAAUGAUCGAUCUUCUCUUUGCACUCUCUACAAUCCCACCUCGUUGCUUACUUUCGAAGGCCAAAAGGUAUACGGCGUGGAAGACAUCUCCAACAAGCUUAAACAACUUCCUUUCGAUCAAUGUCGUCAUUUGAUAAGCACCGUCGAUUCUCAGCCUUCUUCAAUGGC